AUGGGGCAUACCAGAUAUGUGUUUGCGCUUUCCAAGUACUUCGAUAACGUUGGACGUUGCAUUGCUCUGGAUCUAGAUUCCAUGAAGACUUCAUCCCCUUUUUGGCAUGCCACGCACAAACACCCUAGUGGGGCUUUGGACACGGGGCUGUACAAUUUAGUCAGCAAUGUUGUUGUUGAAGACUUGAGCGGGACCGGGAAGCCAGAUUACCACAAGGUUAGAAGAACGCAAGAGGUUGAGAUCAUGAGUCGCGGUCUUUGA